GAAGCAGUUUGAAGACGUUUGUCCUCCGCCAGAGGAACUGAGGCAGCGUUUUUUAUUCUCCUCAAACGUCUCCGAGUUCAGAUCGUCUCCGAGUUGUUUGUGUUGCAACAGCCAAUCAGAACAGCAGAGCCUCAUACCUGGCUCAUCGUUGGAUUCUUGGCAGAUUAUAUGAAAUAUUUGACUUUGUUUUGGUUCAGUUUGACUUGUUAUUUAAAUCUUAAGUUCUUGUUCCAGGAGAUGAAGUGAUUGGAUGGCCAUGAAGCGUCUGAGCAACCUGAUGAUGAAGAGGUGGAAGGAGACGGAGAGAUGGACGGAAAGGAGGAAGAGCGAGCCGUACGGAGGAGAGGAAGAGGAGGAAGAGCAGGAGACGGACAGACGGAUGUUGAGGAGGAAGUCUGAACCAUUUGGACGGAUGCAGGAGAAGUGCGAGCGCGGGAAGAAGGAACGCAGGAAGUCAGAGUCCCACGUGGAGGAAGAGGAGAGGAAAGAGAGGAAGAGGACGGAGACAGGCGGAGGGAGAGAGAGGAGGACGUCUGCGUCCUGGAUCCUGGCGCAGGACGGAGCGGGGGGGUCGAGACACGAUGGCGAGAAGACGGACAGGAAGCAGACGGACAGGAAGCAGACGGACAGGAAGCAGAUGGACGAGGACAGGCGGGCGCUGCUGCGGCGGCGCUCGGAGCCCUGCGGCGUCCUGCACGUCCAGCUGCUUCCUGUGUCCGACAGGAAGAGGAGGGAGCUGCUGCUGAGACGUACGGGAAGGCGUGCGUCCUGCAGCGUGGACGGAGACGGAGACGAACACGCGGCCCGGAGGAGCAGGGGGCGGUCCGAGCCCGGCGGCCCGCUGGACCACACCUUCAGCCUCUCCUCCCCCCCUCCCCCCUCCCUCCCCCGUCCGGAGGGGGGGGGGAGUGUUUUCCGUCUGGAGACGUACCUGUCGGAGCCGAGGCGUCCGGAGACCCGCAGGCUGCGCUCCUUCUCCUCCCCCCCCGACCCCGGGCAGCGCUGCCUCCAGCUGCCUCCUCCUCCUGCCGGGAGGCUGGUGGAGUCUGCAGACAGCAGGAUGUCAGAGCAGCCGGACCCCGAGGACUCUGCCGCGGCGGAGGAGUCAGAGAGAGACAUCUACAUGAGAUUCAUGAAGUGUCACAAAUGUUAUGACAUCAUCCCCACCAGCUCCAAACUAGUGGUGUUUGAUACCACGCUGCAGGUGAAGAAAGCGUUCUUUGCUCUGGUGGCCAACGGAGUGAGAGCCGCUCCGCUCUGGGAGAGCAAGACACAGAUCUUCGUGGGAAUGUUGACGAUCACAGACUUCAUCAACAUCCUGACCAGAUACUAUAAAUCCCCCAUGGUUCAGAUCUACGAGCUGGAGGAGCACAAGAUCGAGACGUGGAGAGAGCUGUACCUGCAGGAGACCUUCAAACCUCUGGUCCACAUCUCACCUGAUGCCAGUAUAUUUGAGGCGGUGCACUCUCUGAUAAAGAAUAAGAUCCAUCGCCUGCCUGUCAUCGACCCCGUCAGCGGGAACGCUCUCUACAUCCUGACUCACAAGAGGAUCCUCAAGUUCCUGCAGCUCUUCGUGUGUGAGAUGCCGAUGCCAGCCUUCAUGAAGCAGACUCUGGAGGAUCUGGCCGUGGGGACGUACGCCAACAUCGCCUACAUCCACCCUGACACGCCGCUCAUCACCGCGCUGUGCGUCUUCACACACCGCCGCGUCUCCGCCCUGCCCGUCGUCGACCACAACGGUAAAGUGGUGGACAUCUACUCCAAGUUUGACGUCAUUAACCUGGCGGCGGAGAAGACGUACAACAACCUGGACGUGACGGUCACCCAGGCGCUCCGACACCGCUCGCAGUACUUCGAAGGAGUCAUGAAGUGCAACAAACUGGAGACUCUGGAGACCAUCGUGGUCCGCAUCGUCAAGGCCGAGGUUCACAGGCUGGUUGUUGUUGAUGAAGAGUCUCGUAUCGUCGGCAUCGUCUCUCUGUCUGACAUCCUGCAGGCGCUGGUCCUGACCCCCGCUGGUCUGGGAAGGAAGGAGUCUCUCCCCUCUCAACCGACAGCUUUGGAUCCAACAGAACCAGAGACAGAAAGUAAACCUGAACCGGAUCCAAACCAAAACCAGGACCAGGACCAGGACCAGGAGCUGGGUGAAGAAACAGAAAGAGAGACUGAUACUGCUGAGACCUGCCAGCAGGGGGAGACAGAGGGGGAGACAGGGGAAGGAGAGAAAGUGGGCGAGGAAGAGAAGGAGGAAGGUGCAGAGGAGGGGACAGAGACAGAGGGAGACAGCGAGGUGAGACAGGCAGAGAGUGAAGACACACCAGAAACAGAGGGGGAGACAGAGACACAGACAGAGGGGGAGACAGAGAGGGAGGAGCAGAGGAGGGGACAGGGGAGGAGGUGUGAGAUAAUCGCUCCAGUCGAGCUGGUCAAGGUGUGGCGCUGA